GCGUUGUUCGUGCAUGUGUCUACCUUUAUAAUCUGUGUGGCUUAUUUAACAAAUAUUUACAAAAAUGGGUUCAGAAAGUGACGAAAACGACCGCACAGACAACGAAAACGAAGAGGAACCCCUUAAAGAAGAAACCCCAGCAGAAUCGGAAAAACCUGUAACUUGGCAAGACUUGGGCCUUGUAGAUGCGUUGUGCAAGGCGUGCGAGCAAUUAAAAUGGAAGGAACCAUCGAAAAUACAAAAGGAAGCUAUUCCCGUAGCUAUACAGGGGAAAGAUAUCAUAGGUUUGGCAGAAACUGGUUCGGGAAAAACUGCUGCAUUUGCCUUGCCUAUUUUGCAGGCUUUACUUGAAAAUCCACAGAGAUAUUUCGCUUUAAUAUUGACCCCUACCAGAGAGUUGGCUUUUCAGAUAUCAGAACAGUUUGAAGCAUUGGGUUCAAGUAUUGGUGUUAAAUGUGCAGUAAUUGUGGGUGGAAUGGACAUGAUGUCGCAAGCUUUAAUUUUGGCCAAAAAACCACACAUUUUAAUUGCAACACCCGGUAGAUUAAUAGAUCACCUGGAAAAUACCAAGGGAUUCAGUUUAAGGGCUCUAAAAUUUUUGGUGAUGGAUGAAGCCGACAGAAUUCUGAACAUGGAUUUCGAAGUGGAAGUGGACAAAAUUUUAAAAGUGAUACCCAGAGAACGGAGAACGUAUUUGUUUUCUGCUACGAUGACCAAAAAGGUUAACAAAUUACAAAGGGCAUGUCUUAAAAAUCCUGUCAAAGUUGAGGUGUCCACAAAGUAUCAGACAGUCGAAAAGUUGCAGCAGUAUUACAUUUUUAUUCCAGUCAAGUUUAAGGACGUGUACCUGGUGCACAUCCUGAACGAGAUGGCCGGCAACAGCUUCAUGAUCUUCUGCUCGACGUGCAACAACACGAUGCGCACCGCGCUGAUGAUGAGGAACUUGGGGCUGACCGCGGUGCCCUUGCACGGCCAGAUGUCGCAGAACAAGCGCCUGGCGGCCCUCACCAAAUUCAAGGCCAAAAACCGGUCCAUACUCAUAUCCACCGACGUCGCCAGCAGAGGUCUGGACAUACCGCACGUCGACGUGGUGAUAAACUUCGACAUUCCCACGCACAGCAAAGACUACAUACACAGGGUGGGCAGGACGGCCAGGGCCGGCCGUUCCGGCAAAUCCAUCACAUUUGUCACACAGUACGACGUCGAGUUGUAUCAGAGGAUUGAACAGUUGAUAGGUAAAAAAUUACCCUUGUACAAAACAGAAGAGGAAGAGGUUAUGGUGCUGCAGGAAAGGGUAGCAGAAUCCCAAAGGAUGGCAAAAAUGGAAAUGAAGGAUUUGUCGGACAAAAAGGGCGGGAAACGGAAGAAGGGGGGAGGUGACGACGAAGACGACACAGAGGGCGCUACAGGCGUGAGAAAGAGAAUUAAAAACGGCGGCGGACAGAAAAACAGCAGAAGAAAAAAAUAAAUGUUAAUAAAAAAAAUUAUAAAAAAG